GGGAAUAUUAAUAUAAAUCUAAUUUUAUGACGUGAGUUAUAGACAUUUACCUCAUGUUCUAUUUACCCUAAGCUUUUUUUAUUAAACUAAUUACCAACUAAGUACAUGCCUGUCUUAAACAAAAGUAUUGUUUACAAUCUAGAAAAUCGCUAACAUAAGAGACAGAUAUUUAUUGAAUUGUGAAUAACAGCGUGUAAAAUCAGCCGACCGUAUGCACAAUUAUGCAAUAUGAACUAAAUAUUGGAUUUUUCAGCUACACGAUGGAGUAAUAUAUUCAGGUAAAAAGUGAUACUCAUGGCAAUAAGAUUUACUUCUGUCAUAACAAAAGGACAAAAUGAAGAAGAGAAAGGGACAGGGAGGUGUCAAACACGUAAGUCCAAAGAAGCAAUUAAAGAGACAGCAUAAUGAAGCAGAGACUCUGACAGAUCCACCUCGUUGCAGUGAAAGAGGGAUUCAACAAGACGAAAAUUACAGGGAGUUCAUGGGAUGGAUCACCGACGGCGGGCUCAGAUAUGCGUAUGCGAUGUACCACGGCACCCCAGUAAAUCGUUUACCGGAAGAAAGUCGAUAAAGAAAUGAAACGUCAUGUGAUUAUAGUUGGUGCGGGGAUGGCAGGCCUGGCUGCAGCAUAUGAACUUGCUCAAGUAGGCCAUGAGGUAACAAUACUAGAGGCACAGUACUGUGUUGGCGGACGUGUGAAAACAGUUAGAGAAGGUUUUGCUGAAGGUCUUCUUUGUGAAGGUGGGGCAAUGCGACUUCCUUCCAACCAUUACCUUACAUGGCACUACCUGAAUUUGUUCGACAUCGAGACCGUACCAUUCCAGAAUUACAACGGAAAAGGGUAUCUAUACUUGUAUGGUGAAAAGAUAAGACUGGAUGAUUGGAAAAACAAUAACAAAAAAUACUGCGAUAAAUUCUGGCCAGGCUGGGACAAGAAUCUGACCGAUGAGGACAAGGAAAAGUACAAAAUUGACGGAAUCCUGACGUACUAUACGGCAACAAUGAGGCCAGUCAUGGAUGAACUAGGAACGUGCCCAACAGAGAAAACAUGGCAUGACUGGUUGUGCAAAUGGUCUAAAAUCUCGGGUGAGGAUUUCCUACGAGGUUGCUGUGUCGACAAAAAAGGUUACCCGCUAACAGCAUGGCCUGAGCCAGCCAUUGAAGGUUUAAUGGAAUCUACAUUCAUACCAACGCUUAAAAGGAAUCUAGCUACACAUCUUCGAGGAAAUCUUGAUACUUUGCAGAAAGAGCCCAUGAAAACACCUAAAUUUGGAAUGGACACCUUGCCAAAGGCGUUUGCAAAAAAGAACGAGAAAGGUUGGAACAUUGAUGUUGACCUCUCAAAAAAUAUAAAGUUUGGCAUCAUGGUUACUGCUGUCGAAAACUUUGAAACAAUGAAAAAAAGAAAGAAAGUCAAGGUCACGGGAAUUAACCGAACUACUGGACAAAUGGAAGUUACCGAAGCGGAUGCCGUUAUUUUGACAUUACCGCUACACAUUCUGCGACAGUUGGACAUACCGUUCAGCAAAGAGCAACAAAAUGCUCUUUCCCAUAUUCAUUGUGUUGCCUAUACGAAAAUUAUGUUACAGUGCAAGACAAGAUUCUGGCAGAAAGAUGUGGGCCAAGGAGGUUUCAGCAAAAUGACUACCGGGCAGUUACGUUACCCGGAUUAUGAAAGUUCUGGAAUUGAUGACGAUGAGCGUGGAAUCUUGUCGCUAUUUACAACGGCUGAAAGUGCCCUGACGUAUGGCUCUCAAUCGAAAGAAAUGGCUAUCCUUAGCGCAGUACGUGAUAUAAGUAAAAUACAUCCAGAAAUAAAGAGCGAAUUCGAGGUUGGCACCGUUCAGGCUUGGCACAGUGAUCCAGUAGCUCAAGGCGCCUUCGCAUUUUUGAAGCCCCAUGAGUUUAUAAAUCACAUGAAUCUCCUGACAAAACCCACUGAAACUAUUUAUUUGGCCGGAGAUGCUCUGUCCUGGGCUCAUACCUGGAUUCAGGGAGCAAUAUUCUCUGGUCUGAUGCAAGCGUAUUGCUUUCAGUCGCAUCUAGAGGAUAAAUGUAUCUGCGAGCCUGUGUCUCUAAUGUUGGAUUAGUGCAGCAGUAAAGCAACAAUUAACUUGGUUGACACGUAGGUACAACACUUUACAAAAAAAUGACCAUUUGAAUCAAAUUCGGCAACCAGGAUUUAUGGAUAACAAUAACCGUCUUAAUGCACAAAAGUUAACAUUUAAUCGCUGGUGGCAAACGUGCAAUACCAUUCCUUCAGGGAGAACGCUUAAAAUGGGUAGCGCGACGGUCGGCAUUAAUUCUCACGCAUGUACACUAUCAAACCUAUGUUAAACGUGUACACUAAAUACGUGCGCACAUCCAGUAGGGGCAAUUUAAUGGCGGCGGUUGCGCGGCGUCCGGUGCUGGUGUUGCUCGUAAGAAAGAAAGAAUUUUAUGUAGGUGAACUAUUAGUUUUGCUACUUAGGAUACAUUCACGAAGGUUAUCGAAAACAGCAAAGA